UUCUAUUCUUUUUUCUUGCAUAAAUCCAAACACUUCUCGUUCACAUAUUUCAUUCUAGAGAGAGAGAGAGAGAGAGAGAGCGAGAGAUCGGAUUUGGAUCGCAGGAAGAGACAGAGGAAGAAAAAUGGCGCAGAAGAGGUACAUAAUUGAAGUGGAGAAAGCGAAGGAAGCUUGCGAUGGAAGGCCAUCAAUGGGACCUGUUUAUCGCAGCGUCUUCGCCAAGGACGGAUUUCCGCCGCCGAUUGACGGAUUGGACUGUUGCUGGGAUGUUUUCCGGUUGUCCGUGGAGAGGUGUCCCGAAAAUCGAAUGCUUGGUCGCCGGGAGAUUAUAGACGGGAAGGCUGGGAAAUAUGUCUGGCAAACUUAUAGAGAAGUUUAUGACUUGGUGAUAAAACUUGGAAAUGCCAUGCGCCGUUCUGGUUUUGGCGCAGGAGACAAAUGUGGUAUUUAUGGUGUUAAUAGCCCAGAGUGGAUUAUAAGCAUGCAGGCUUGCAAUGCUCACGCACUCUAUUGUGUUCCUUUAUAUGACACCUUAGGUGCCGGUGCUGUGGAAUUCAUCAUAAACCAUUCUGAGGUUUCAAUCGCUUUUGCAGAAGAAAAAAAGAUUCCCGAGCUGUUGAAAACUUUUCCUAACACGACAAAGUAUCUGAGAACACUUGUGAGCUUUGGCAAGGUUACCCCAGAACAAAGGGAAGCAGUUGAAAAGUUUGGCCUGACGAUCUAUGCCUGGGAAGAGUUUUUGCAAUUGGGUAACGAUAAAGACUUUGACCUUCCAGUGAAAAAGAAAAGUGAUAUAUGUACUAUAAUGUAUACUAGCGGAACUACUGGUGACCCCAAGGGAGUAAUGAUAUCCAACGAGAGCAUUAUUUCUCUUCUGACUGGAGUGAAGCUACUGCUAAAGAGUGUAAAUGAAGAGUUGAAUGACAAGGAUGUAUAUCUUUCAUACCUUCCUCUUGCGCAUAUCUUCGACCGGGUGAUUGAGGAGUUAUUUAUUAUGCAUGGUGCCUCAAUAGGGUUCUGGCGUGGGGAUGUCAAAUUAUUGAUCGAAGACAUCGGGGAGCUAAAACCAACUAUUUUUUGUGCUGUUCCCCGUGUGAUGGAUAGAGUCUACUCUGGCUUGACACAGAAGAUUUCUGCUGGUGGCUUCUUGAAGAAGACAUUGUUCAAUCUUGCAUACGCAUUAAAGCAACAUAGCAUGCAAAAGGGGCGUAAACAUGAAGAGGCAUCUCCAAUAUUUGACAAAAUUGUAUUUAGCAAGGUUAAGGAAGGAUUAGGAGGUAAUGUACGCCUUAUUCUAUCUGGAGCUGCACCUCUAUCUACUCAUGUUGAAGCUUUCUUACGAGUGGUGACAUGCGCUCAUGUUUUGCAAGGAUAUGGUCUGACUGAAACUUGUGCGGGGACAUUUGUUUCCCUACCAAAUGAAAUGUCAAUGCUUGGUACAGUGGGCCCCCCAGUACCAAAUGUUGAUGUACGCCUGGAAUCUGUUCCUGAAAUGGGAUACGAUGCCCUUGCAGAAGUUCCUCGUGGAGAAGUAUGUGUGAAGGGAAGCCCCUUAUUUUCUGGGUACUACAAACGUGAAGAUCUCACCAGUGAAGUCGUGGUUGAUGGAUGGUUCCAUACAGGUGAUAUUGGUGAGUGGCAACCGAAUGGAAGCUUGAAAAUUAUUGACCGCAAGAAGAAUAUUUUCAAGCUUUCACAAGGAGAGUAUGUAGCCGUGGAGAACUUGGAGAACAUUUAUGGUGUUGUUUCUGAUAUUGAUUCCCUAUGGGUUUAUGGGAACAGCUUUGAGUCCUUCCUUGUUGCUGUUGUCAACCCUAACAAGCAAGCGCUUGAAUGCUGGGCUGAAGAGAAUCACAUAUCCGGUGACUUUGAGUCCCUUUGUGAAGAUCCAAGGGCAAAGGAAUACAUUAUUGGGGAGCUCAAUAAAGUUGCUAAAGAGAAAAAGUUGAAAGGUUUUGAGUUCAUAAAAGCCGUUCACCUUGAGCCAGUUCCAUUUGACAUUGAUCGUGACCUUAUAACUCCAACAUACAAGAAAAAGAGACCACAGUUGCUCAAAUACUAUCAGAAUGCAAUUGAUAACAUGUACAAGAGUGCAAACAAGCCAAAAGCAUGAAAGACAUACAGCUAGUUGCUAGAGUUCACGCCCCUCUCAGAGGUCUCUUCACAAGUUCCCUACCUCACAUUUGGCGAGACCCUUUUAAUUGAAAUUUUUAUUCUAGUCUCUCUCUCUCUCUCUUCUCUCUCUCUGUGAUUGUACAUAAGAUUUUAUUUAUAAACAAUUUUAUAAUCAUCCAAUACCAUACUUUUGGUAACAUCUUUGAUAUGGAGGGGAUUUUGAGAACGUAUCUGGCCCUGUAAAGGAUCGAACUUUCUGAUAAUGAACAUUAUGCCACUUCGACCUCUUUAUUUGGUUCAA